AGGCCGCUGCCGCCGCGGGAGCGCUGAGGUUCAGGUCCGGCUGUGAGGCCUAGAGGCGCCGCCGCCGCGGAACCGGAGGGACGCCGCGCCGGACAGCCGUCGCCCCGGGCUCCCUGCCGCUGUCCGGACCUCCCCCUGCACGUCCCUGUCCCGCCACCCGCCCCCGCUGCGGCCCUCUCUCCAGUCUCCCGCCCCUCCGAAACCACAGAUCAUCUUUGGAUUCUUCUCCAGAAGCUUCAAGUAGGGAUAUGUCCUCAGCACCAACUACUCCUCCAUCAGUGGAUAAAGUAGACGGAUUUUCUCGGAAGUCCGUCAGAAAAGCCAGACAGAAGAGGUCGCAAAGUUCCUCACAGUUUAGGUCUCAAGGCAAGCCUAUUGAGUUAACACCUCUGCCGCUGCUAAAAGACGUUCCAUCCUCAGAGCAGCCUGAACUGUUCCUAAAGAAACUUCAGCAGUGCUGUGUCAUUUUUGACUUCAUGGACACGCUAUCUGAUCUUAAAAUGAAAGAAUACAAGCGCUCCACUCUUAAUGAACUGGUGGACUACAUUACAAUAAGCAGAGGCUGUUUGACAGAGCAGACUUACCCUGAAGUAGUUAGAAUGGUAUCUUGCAAUAUAUUCAGAACUCUUCCUCCUAGUGACAGCAAUGAAUUUGAUCCAGAAGAAGAUGAACCUACCCUUGAGGCAUCGUGGCCACACUUACAGCUUGUAUAUGAGUUUUUCAUACGGUUUUUGGAAAGCCAAGAAUUCCAACCCAGCAUUGCCAAAAAAUACAUAGAUCAGAAAUUUGUAUUACAGCUUUUGGAGCUGUUUGACAGCGAAGACCCUCGGGAACGGGACUACUUAAAAACAGUCUUACACAGAAUUUAUGGCAAGUUUCUUGGUCUUAGAGCAUUUAUCCGAAAACAGAUUAACAAUAUUUUUCUAAGGUUUGUUUAUGAAACAGAACACUUCAAUGGUGUAGCUGAACUGCUGGAAAUAUUAGGAAGUAUUAUCAAUGGCUUUGCUUUGCCUCUUAAGGCAGAACACAAACAGUUCCUGGUGAAAGUGUUGAUUCCUUUACACACCGUCAGGAGCUUAUCACUCUUCCAUGCCCAGCUGGCAUAUUGUAUAGUACAAUUUCUGGAGAAAGAUCCUUCACUCACAGAACCAGUUAUUAGGGGAUUAAUGAAAUUUUGGCCCAAAACAUGUAGUCAAAAAGAGGUCAUGUUCCUUGGGGAGCUGGAAGAAAUACUGGAUGUGAUUGAACCUUCGCAAUUUGUUAAAAUCCAAGAACCUUUGUUUAAACAAAUCGCCAAGUGUGUGUCUAGCCCCCAUUUUCAGGUGGCAGAAAGGGCACUCUAUUAUUGGAAUAAUGAAUACAUCAUGAGUUUGAUAGAAGAAAACUCUAACGUCAUCCUUCCCAUCAUGUUUUCCAGUCUUUAUAGGAUUUCAAAAGAACAUUGGAAUCCGGCUAUUGUGGCGUUAGUGUACAAUGUGUUGAAGGCGUUUAUGGAAAUGAACAGCACCAUGUUUGAUGAGCUGACAGCCACAUACAAGUCAGAUCGUCAGCGUGAGAAAAAGAAAGAAAAGGAACGUGAAGAAUUGUGGAAAAAACUGGAGGAUCUGGAGUUAAAGAGAGGUCUUAGACGUGAUGGAAUAAUUCCAACUUAACGAAAAUAACGACAACAACAUUACUAACCUGUGGAGUCACACAUUUAUGUAGUAGAAGAUGGAGCAACAGUUUUCUGUAUUGUGCAACUUUACAGUAGAUUUCACAUUUGUUUCAUUAUUACAACAGCACUGUAUAUACCUGUCUCUAAGUAAAGGAAAAAAAAAAAUAAGGACUUCAAUCCAAAGUUUGGACAGUAGAUGGACUUCUCAGAACUUGGCAAACGUAAUUAUUGUUCUAACCCUCUUUUAAAAAAAAAAAGCAGUCUUCAGAGGUCUGUUGAUGAAAUUGCUAUAUUAAGAUUCCAUUAUUGGGAGUUCCUUAUUUAUCAUUAGCAGAGAGUAUGAAACAAUUUUCAAAUGUGAACAAUCUUAAAUUUAGCUUGUCUUUCUGCUAAGCUGUUAAAUGUAUUUAUAGUAAAGGAAGGAAAAAAAAAAAG